AAAACCCCAGCCAAACGCACGCUCAGCCACUGAGGAGGGGAGGGCGAUGAGGGCCUUGGUGAUCGCGCGCCCCGGCGGGCCGGAGGUGCUGGAGGCGCGGGAGGUGGAGGAUCCACCCGCGCCAGGCGAAGGAGAGGUGCUCCUCGAGGUCGCCGCCGCCGGCGUCAAUCGCGUGGACACUAUCCAGCGGAUGGGCCUGUACCCGUCGCCUGCCGGCGAGUCCCCUUACCCGGGGGUCGAGUGCUCCGGCACCAUCCUCGCGCUCGGCCCUAACGUCCCUUCACGGUGGGCCGUCGGAGACAAGGUUUGCGCGCUGCUUAGUGGCGGCGGGUAUGCGGAGAAGGUGGUGGUGCCGGCGGGGCAGCUGCUGCCGAUACCGGAGUGGGUGUCGCUGACGGACGCAGCCGGAUUGCCCGAGGUGGCCUGCACCGUCUGGUCAACCGUGUUCAUGAUCAGUCACCUCUCCCCCGGGGAAUCAUUCCUUGUCCAUGGAGGAUCAAGUGGAAUCGGUACUUUUGCUAUACAGAUGGCGAAGCACCUUGGAAUAAAGGUUUUUGUCACUGCAGGAAGCGAAGAAAAACUAUCAGCCUGCAAAGGUUUGGGUGCAGAUGUAUGCAUAAACUACAAAACUGAAGACUUUGUUGAGCAUAUAAAAAAGGAAACCAAUGGAAAGGGUGUUGAUGUCAUUCUGGACAAUGUUGGAGGAUCAUAUCUCCAGCGCAAUCUGAACAGCUUAGGUGUUGAUGGUAGACUUUUCAUCAUUGGCUUCCAAGGAGGCGCUGUAGCUGAAGUCAACCUGCAAGCUGUUCUUAUACGGCGCUUGACAAUACAAGGUGCUGGACUGCGCAACAGAAGCGCUGCCAAUAAAGCACAGAUCGUCGGCGAGGUGGAAAAGAACGUGUGGCCUGCCGUCGCAGCUGGCAAGGUGAAGCCGGUGAUUUACAAGACGUUCCCGUUAUCUGAAGCGGCUGAGGCGCAUAGAUUGAUGGAAGCUAGCACCCACAUCGGCAAGAUACUGCUGCUCCCAUGACUGCGCGUGCUCACUUUUUAGAGGAGUCAGUUUUAGCACAUCUAUAACUUCUGUAACGACCUCUAUGUAUCAUGUACUUGAGUGGCAUGCCGCUUGCCUUUUUAUCUUGAAAACUUUUUUUUAAAACAAAUUAUCUUGAAAACUGGAUCCCAUUUUUCCCGAGCAAUUAUCUUGUAAAUUGAAUCCGUGAAGAAUUGAUAGCAUUAUUCGGUGAA